AUGAAAAAUCAGCUUAGUAAACCAUACUCUCUGAAUGAACAUAUUGUUGGUAAAGAUAUCACAUCUACGGUGCUGAACAUUCUCAAUAACCACUCUAGCCUUGCCUAUUUUAACAAAACCUACAUCAAACUCAUCCCCAAAAUAAAGAACCCCACUCAACUAAAAGACUUUAGACCUAUAGUCUUGGUUAAUGUUCUCAUGAAAAUUAUUACAAAUGUGUUGGCUAAUAGACUUAAAUCUUUUCUGCCUAAACUCAUUAGCAAUAAUCAGAGUGCCUUUGUCCAUAAGAGACUCAUUUCUGAUAACACCAUGAUAGCUUUUGAAGCCUUUCACAAACUAAACAGACUGAACAAUCCUAAACAUGGAUGGGUGGUAAUAAAAAUUAAUAUAGAAAAGGCCUAUGAAAGACUUGAAUGGAACUUCAUAAGAGAAGCUCUUAUUAAUAUGGAUAUCCCUACCGACUUUAUCUCUUCUAUCACGACUUGUAUCACUACAACCAAUUUUAAUGUUCUUAUAAAUGGGAAUCCUACUGGUAACAUUAAUCCUACUAGGGGGAUCCGUCCAUGGGAUCCCCUAUCUCCAUAUCUUUUUAUUAUAUGUGCUGACAUAUUUUCUACUCUUAUGAAACAUGCUCAGACUAGUAACCUUAUUACUGGAAUUAAAGAUGCAAAAACAGCUCCUAACAUCACACAUCUCCUCUUUGCGGAUGACAGUCUGAUUUUUUGCCAGGACACAACAAAAGAAGCUAGAAAUCUAAGCAAAAUCUUUCAGAAGUAUCAAGACACCUCAGGACAAAAAAUUAAUUAUAACAAAUCUGAAAUACAAUUCAACUCUGGAAAGUUUCCAGAAUAUUCUUAA